AUGCGGUUCGUGGGAGAAUUUUGCGGGGUUGAAAAUGCGGAUCGUGUUUUGGACGCUGUCGUGUUUGAGUUCGAUACGGUCGCGCGCGGGGAGCGUACAGACACCCUGUCAGGUCGGCAGGCGGCGAGCCACUGGCACUGGCUGUGCGGCACAAUCGUGUCGGGAUCACACCGCGUGCGGAACCCGCCGCUUCGGGAGGAGCGAGCGUGCGCUGCAUCGAAACGGCCCCGCGGCGAGGGACCC